AAAGUAGAGGUCGCCUGGUACCUGGUGGAGUUCGCAUAUUCGAGACUAGGACUUUCCACUAGUUUUACAGACAUCGGUAUAUGUUGUUCCACCUUGUCUUGGUAAAAGUAUUUAUUGUGUCUUUCCUACCUCCGACUGGUAUCCACUGUUCGCGAGACAUGACCACAGUGUGCAGAGACCACAUAUGGCGGUAUAUCAGCUAUGAAUGCAUAGUACCCUUGCAUGUCUGACAUCGACGGCAUCGUUUACCCUUAAGCAAUAUCCUAAGCAACGAUACUACAGCCAGCCAGGUAGAGGGAGUUGGUCCCGACACAUAUUCAUACAUUUUUUAUAAGAUUUUUAGAAUAGAAGUUUAGAAAUUAAACGCUGACCCUUGUACAUAUUUCCUUCAUUUUCAUAGAAUUGGAGAAAUCCAUAGAUUUUUAUCCGCAAUUGUCAAAUCAAACAACCUCCAAUUGGCAAUUGGCAUUAAGCCAAGGUGAUUCAUAACACCCGCAAUACAACAAAAUGUAAUAUCGAUUUCUAAAUUGUUGCAGUGAUAAUACCUAAAAAUCAUAAACCAUGACCGACCCGAAAUCAGAAAUCGAAAACGUCCGCGUUUUCAUAAGAGUACGUCCUUUGAGUAAGAAAGAAAAAAGUGAUGAUCAUCAAAACAUAGUGCUAGUAGAUACCUCAGAAAAUCUUAUAGUUCUCAAUAAAGAUGGAAAUGGAGAAAAAAGAAAACCGUAUAAGUUUGACCAGAUAUUCGCUGAAGAUUCAACACAAAUGGAUUUGUACAGGAUUAUUGCUGCACCAAUUGUGGAGAAAGUAUUGCAUGGUUACAAUGGAACGAUUUUUGCCUAUGGACAAACAGGCACCGGUAAAACUUACACCAUGGCCGGUAAUAUGACGACCACAGAAUCCAAGGGCAUAAUACCAAACGCUUUUUCCCAUAUAUUCACUCAGAUAUCUAGAUCAAGUGAAGAGAAAUCGUUUGUUGUAACUGUCACGUACUUGGAAAUAUACAAUGAGGAAGUUCGUGACCUAUUAUCUUCGAAUCCAAAUAAAAAACUUGCCAUUCGUGAACGAACAGAUGUUGGAGUUUACGUUAAGGACCUCAUGGGAUUUACAGUGGACUCUGUAGAUUCCAUAACAGAAUUAUUGAAUAGAGGUAACAAAAACCGAGUGACACGAUCUACACUAAUGAAUGAUGUUAGUAGCAGAUCACAUGCAAUUUUUACUAUCACUAUUGAGUCCAGAAAUAACACUGAUAACAAAACAACAGUUGGAAAAUUAAAUUUGGUAGAUUUAGCAGGAUCUGAAAGAGCAAGUAGGACUCAGGCAACAGGAGAUAGGUUGAGAGAAGCCAGUAAUAUAAAUUUAUCUCUUUCUGUACUUGGUAAUGUUAUUUCAGCUUUGGUUGAUGGGAAAUGUACACAUAUUCCUUAUAGAAAUUCUAAGCUAACUAGGUUACUUCAAGAUUCUCUUGGUGGUAACUCAAAAACAGCUAUGAUCGCUAUGAUAAGUCCUUGUGAUUUGGAUUUUGAAGAAAGCACUUGUACUCUUCGGUAUGCAGCUAGAGUGAAACAGAUUCAGAAUCAUGCCUAUAUUAAUGUAGAACAAAGGGGACUUAUUGAAGGCUUUGAACAAGAGAUUGCUGAUUUGCAGCAAAAGAUAAUGGAGCUUUCUACCCAAGAUUUACAACCAACUAAGAAAAGACGUGAGAAAUCAGCAGUGGAAGCAAGAAAUGAAGAAUCCCAAAAAUGGAAGGCAGAGUUAGAAAAAACUGAGAAGGAAAAGACAGACUUGGAACAAAAAAUUUCUAUGAUCCAAAAAAAAAUCCUUGUUGGUGGAAUAAACCUAUUGGAAAAGGCCCAAGAACAAGAGUUUGAACUCAAGAGUACAGAUGCAGUACUUGAAAGUCUUGACAAAAGUCAUCAGGAAUUGCAAGAAAAACUGGAAAAAACUGGUGCUGAGAAGAUAGAUUUCAAGGAAAAAUAUGCUACUUUACAAGAAGAGGAAGCAGCUCUCACUAAAAAAAUUAAAAAAAUUCAAGCUCUAUUAAAUGAAUUUAAAGAAGAAUACAAAGACAAAGAACAUGAGUAUCAAAGGGAAAUGGAAGCUUUGCUGGAUAACAAUCGUCUACUGAUGAGAGAGACUCAACUUGCCGCUUUAAUCAUUGAUAGUUACAUACCUAUUGAAUACACUCAGAAAAUCGAGCAGAAUCUUAUUUGGAAUAUGGAAAGUCAAGAGUUCCAGAUGAAAGGUGUUGCCUACACAGGAAAUAAUAUGAGAAAACACAAAAUCCACAGCACAGAAUUUGACGUUGCAUAUAGACAUGAUCUAAAACCUGUUUACCAUAAGUACGCAGAGAAAAGGAGAGAAAAAAGGAUAUUAGAGAAAAAGACUUACUCUGCAUUGGCAAAAUAUGGAAAGUAAUUUGAAAUUAAGGUAUGAAAGGGUGGAAUUGGGUUUAAGGUUGUGGAUUUAAUAAGAUAAAAACAAUAAUUUUCCAUUGAUUUCAAGGAUCAAGUUCACAUAAAUAAACAUGUUAAUUACAUUCCUUUCUAGAUUGCUUUUAAUAUCUGAUGAUUGCUCAUGGAAUUGUAAAAUUUGAGGAAUUUUUUCUUUUGAAUCAUUUUUAACUCAUUAUUUUAAGAGUUUACUCAUGGCAAUAAGUUUAAAUUGAUUUUUCCUUUAUACUUUUAACAUGUUUUAUUAUGACUCUUGAUCUAAACCUAACAAUUUUAAAUGAGGAUGAAGAUGAUUAUAGAUAUAUCGUCGGCUAAGAGUGUAAAUCUGCUAUGUCCAUAAUGAACAAUUUUACAGGAGACCAAAAAAACCGUACAGUAAGUGUUAUAAUAAUA